AUGCAGUAUCUGAUGACAUCUAAGGGAAUUAGGUAUUUGCAUCACCGAGAUUUUGCCCAUGGACGUCUCAAGUCUCGUAACUGUGUUGUGGAUGGCCGGUUUGUGCUGAAGAUCACUGACUACGGUUAUAACGAGCUCUUAGAAGCACAGAAAUGCCCUUAUAUCCAGCCACCCCCAGAAGAACUGCUCUGGACAGCUCCUGAGUUGCUGAGGGACCCGGACAUGCGCAGAAAGGGCACGUUCAAAGGGGACAUUUACAGCUUUGCAAUCAUCCUACAAGAAAUGGUUGUUCGGGGUCCACCAUACUGCAUGUCAGAACUCUCAGCUGAAGAAAUUAUAAAGAAAGUGAAGAAGCCCCCUCCCCUGUGCCGCCCAAACAUAACCCCUGAGUUGGCCCCCCUGGAGUGCAUCCAGGUAAUGAAGCAAUGCUGGGGUGAAGCCCCCGAGCGACGACCAACCUUUGAGGAGGUAUUUCAUAAGUUCAAAACCAUCAACAAAGGGAAAAAGACCAAUAUCAUUGACUCAAUGCUCAGGAUGCUUGAGCAGUAUUCAAGCAACCUGGAAGAUUUAAUCAGGGAGCGGACCGAAGAGCUAGAGAUUGAAAAGCAGAAGACUGAAAAACUACUGUCACAAAUGCUCCCCCCAUCAGUGGCAGAAGCCCUCAAGACUGGUGGCACUGUGGAGCCAGAGUACUUUGACCAGGUGACAAUCUACUUCAGUGACAUCGUGGGCUUCACGACCAUUUCAGCCCUCAGUGAACCCAUUGAAGUAGUUGACCUUCUGAAUGACCUUUACACGUUGUUUGAUGCUGUUCUUGGAAACCAUGAUGUUUACAAGGUGGAGACAAUUGGUGAUGCCUACAUGGUUGCCUCAGGGCUCCCAAAACGGAAUGGAAACAAGCACGCGGCUGAGAUAGCCAACAUGUCCCUGGACAUCCUCAGCUCAGUGGGAACAUUCAGAAUGAGGCACAUGCCAGACAUCCCCCUCAGGAUACGAAUCGGGCUGCACACAGGGCCUUGUGUGGCAGGUGUGGUGGGGCUUACCAUGCCACGGUACUGCCUCUUCGGAGACACAGUGAACACGGCGUCGCGAAUGGAGUCCACAGGCCUGCCUUACAGAAUUCAUGUCAGCCAAAGUACAGUGGAUACGCUUCGGAUUCUAAAUGAAGGCUAUGAAAUCGUACCUAGGGGAAAAACAGAACUGAAGGGUAAAGGAGUAGAAGACACAUAUUGGCUAGUUGGGAAAAAAGGCUUUCUGAAGCCCUUACCUAAACCUCCUGAAAUAAAGCCAGGCCACAACUGGCCAGAUGUGCUGACCAGGAAACUCAAAUCUGUCCUGAGGGACACAAAGAGGACACUGACAAGAGCAACCUUUAAAGAGCUGGGGAGCGUGAAGGAGGCCGGAAUAAGUAUUGAAGAGGAUGAAAUCUGAGAAGAAGGCAGCAAAGAACUAGUAAGAUCAGGACGGACACCUGGAAGUUAAGCCAGCAGAGGAGCUCACACCUUCCAUUUAAUUCCCUUCCAUCCAAAAGCAAUAUAAUUGAUGAAGCCUCUUAGCUCUUACACGGGGUGAUCCUGAGCAGGCAGAUGAAUCCUGACCAUCAUCUCUUGUGAAACUGGGCACCAGACCAGAGCUCUGUGUGUGUGGUUUUGGCAGGGGUCUGUUGGGGAGGAAAGUGAUGGUGAUGGUGAUGGUAGCGCCAGCUUUUCAUCAGCAUCUGUCACAAGGAUGAGCCCACAGAACAUUUUAGCUAGGCCUGCAUGGGAGCACAAACAUGUCCAGGCAUCUGGGCCUGGAUUCAAACAAUAAUUCCGAGUGCUAAAGUUGUUUAACUGUUUUGCAUUAGAUAGAUUUUGUUGUUGUAGGAAACUCUAGUUUCAUGAAAGUCAAUACAAUCCAGAAGAAAAUGUUUUUGACAACAACAAAAAAUAUUUUUUACUCCCCCACAAAGGGAAAUUUUGAAUCAAAAUGUUUUGUUCAUGUAUGUCAAUUUAAGCAGAAACAUUUUCUUUUAAAUCGACGUUUCAGCUGCAAAUGCUAUUUUAAAGCUAUUUUCAAACUGAAAUGACAGUUUUGAAAUGAAACAGUUUGGUAUGAAUCAAUAUUUGAUUCCAAAUGCCAAAAUGCGAUUCUGCUCAAAAUGUCAAAAUAUGUUGUCUUCAAAAUUCCAGCUCUAAACUGGAAGAACAUUUUGUUUUGCUUUAUACACACACACAUAUAGCAUAUCUGAACAUUUUAUGCUUUUCAUCCCAAAGCAGGAUGAAAACGGAAUGCCAGAUAUUGGAAAACUGAGAUGCAGAGAAUGACAUUCUGCAGUUCCUUUAGCUGAGUAAUACCAAUGAGAUAUGAAUUUUCUUUCCUGCAAAAGUGGGGCUGAGGGAAUGAAAAGUACAUCACUUAAGAAGUACAAAGCCUAAAACACAUCUCUCUUCUUCCUUCCCAAUCUCCAAGUGGUCUCAAAGGCACUUGUCUUCAAAGUAAACCUACCAGUGAGUAAAAAUACCUUUCUGCAAAGGGCCAGCAUUUGGUCUGUAGGCACUUCUCUCAGAGCACACUUCGUCAAGGUCAAAUAAUUUUGUUGCUGGCCACUUCUUCUCCCAGGUUUUUUACUCCUGUUCAACAUCUGGCUUCUAACAAACUUCUGGGAAUUGUUGUUCUCCCUCCUUCAAGGCGGAAGGAAACAGCAGAUACAGUAAUUUAAUCACUAUUACCACCAGAAGGAGCUCAUUGAAAACAUGGAGACCGCUCUCAAGCUCAGUUUGAACUCUUCUCAUCAGAGCAAUGAGAGCAGAUUUUUAUCAUUCAGACGAUAAAUAAGUGUCAAAAACCACUUGCCAAACCUUCUUUGGUUACUGCAAAUAACUUCAUGAAACGAGGCAAGCCAGACUCCACAAAGCUAAGGAAGAUGCUGUUUUCACAACUAAUUCACUGUAGCAUGUGUAACACACGUGUACUGUCAAAGUAAGAGCUGUUUGGAGUAUAAACACCUGAAAAGUGAAAAGGGAAAGGAAAUUCAUUAAUGUUCUUUAUUAAUGAGAUUUUACUCUGUGAUAUCUCACGGUUUUGUGAAAGAAGCUUUUGCCUGCUUAGUGGUGACCGUUGAUAUUCCAGGUGGGGGAAGCUGGCCCUUGAAAGACAUCUGUCGAAAGGCUCAUACAACACUUGAGCUGUCAAACAGGGCUUCGGAAAGCUUUCACCUUCUGCACUGUGCUGACCCUCUGUUUGCAAAUUCAUUCAGGAAUGAAGUCCUAUGGAAGAUACGUGGGCCAGGCAAUUCUGACACAAUAUACCUCAACAUACAGUUCCAGGGAGGGUUGUUACCGGGAGCGGUCUGUGCAAACGUGAGCUUAAAAUCAAACAAUUUCUGCAUAAUUCAUGUAUUUUCCAUUAUCCUUCCAUGUCAAAAACAUUGAUCAGUGCUGUUCUGGUACAUAGUGGUGUGGGUUCCAUGAACCUGACCUUACGUCUUGGCUAAAGACGAUUGCAAGAUGUGGCAUGCAAAAAGCACAUCCUCUCUAUGGGGGACAGGUGGUCUCUCCCCCUGCUCUUGGUGUGGUAUUUCCAUGCAAGUGAGAGUUGCAUCAAUGGGUUUUGCUUGGAAAGGCCUGUGUGUAGCCCAGGCUGGCCUCCAAAUGAAGACAAAUACCCACAAUGGUGUGCAAAACGAGAAUCAUCUGACUAAAUAUUGCCCUAUAAGGUACAGUCUGAAAAAGUCACCCACACAGGUCCCCUAACAGUCAGACAAGGGAAACAGGCUCUUCCCAGGAGUGUUUCUUGGGCUCCUACAUGUGGAUACCUCUGUGUGUGCUGGGUGUCUCAGCUCCCAUUACAGCUAAUGGAGAUCAAGUCAAAAAGUCCAAGGAGCCUAAUGAUGCAUCUGAGCCUAAAAUAGGUGCCUACAUCUGUCUAGCACAGUCACCCCCAAACUUCACUGACUAUUGGCAACGUCUCCAUUCAAGCAAAGGGAGCCUGGUGCACACAGAGAUACCCAAAUGGAGAUACCUGUGAUACAGUUCAGCUGCCUAAACACAAGUGCUUAAUGCCAUUUGGGAUGCCCUAGAGUACCGACAACAUCCAGACAGAGCUGAUAAAUAAGAUACAGGACCAGAUCCUUUUGUAAUGGCAGCUGGAGGCCAGACAAAAAUAUACUAUGAUCUGAAAUAAUACUAGACACGUAUGUUUAGUGAGGUACACCUUGAAAGCUGGGUGUCUUAACCCAAAAGUGAAACCCACCCUAGAUAUGUGCAUUCGGAUGGAUGAACCAUGCCCUAAAAGUACUUGCCAUCGACUCUAACAGGAGCUGCACUGAUUGGCUCAGGUGGAGAAACCAACAUCACAGAUGACUAAAGUCAAGCUGGAGGAACCUCACUCCCACACAGGUACCAUCACUGGUUCAGAGGAGGUGCUGAACGCCCUGACCUUCUCCCUGCGUCUGGAAACUCUGCCACGUGGCUUGUCUAGAUGUGUUAACCCUCUGUGAAACACUCGUUCUUCCCAGCACACAGGCAAAAUGGAUGUAAAGGAAGAUACACAUGAACAGAAACCAAAAUCUGUGAUGUAGCUUGCCCAUUGUUAACACUUCCCAUCACACCAUUCAGCUGGUAACGUGGCAGCGAGCGGGAGCAACAGUGACAUUCUGUUUCUGCUGUAUAUCACAUUAAACAUUUGUGAAUGCAUGAGCAAAAAACCAACAACACACCCCUUCAAUCUACCACUAUGCAUAUACUCUCCCUUUCAACAUCUACACAUAUGUACAGAUACAUAUAUAUUUCAAUUUUGGGGUGCCCAGGGUUUUAUUUCAUACUUACCAACUAAGAAAUAAUCUUUUAAGUGUGUGUUUUUGAUAGUCCCAGAGAAGACAAUUUUAAAAGUAUGUUGGGGUAGCCAAAACCUGAAUUUUCCAGUCAAAGACCAUUUAAACAGGAGGAUUUCAGUCUGCCCUUCUGUACACAGUUUUUGGAUUCUUUCUUCGCCCUGUAGUCUUCUGAAAUAAACAACAUUCUUUGACUUCAUUUUAAAAAAUAAAGUAGUAAAUCUGUGGGAAAGGGUAACAGAGAAGCAAAGUUCUGAUUACUGACGACUUUAGUAAUCCCAGGACAAUUCUUAAUUCUCUUUGAAGCCAGUGGCAUUUUUUUCCUCUUAAUUUCAACAGGAAGAAGCCAAGGACUCAUCCCUGAGUGUGAUAACCUCUGCUGCUAGAACACUAUAAAAUAUAUUUAUAUUUUCCUGGCAUUGUUCUGCUUAGACAAGUUUAGGUUUACUCAUGAAAUUUCUUCCCAUAGUAACUGUGAUUACUGUAUCAGGCUCUUUUCUUGUUAUUUUGCUCCUAAAACUAGUGUUUAGAGGCUGUAAUGAGGAAGACUGGGGCUGGAAGCAGAAAAUGUAAAUUUUGUAGCUCUGCAGCAGACUUCUCAGGUGACGGUGGGCAAGUCACUUGGUGGAUUUCUCCGAUAGUGAAGGACACACUCUAGAAACUUCUAUCAACAAGAACCUACCAUGUGAUUAUCAGAGGUUUUACCACUAAUGUUAUAGGGCGAAUUUUAAUGUAAUCGUGCAAACCCGCUGAGAGCUGUAGAAGAUGUAUUUACACACAAUAUACACUGUCUGAAUAUAGCUCAGAUUUCCUACAGUAUUUUUAACAGUGAAUUAAAACCAAAUGCCAAUAAAGAUCCUUGGAGGCCUACUCCU